AUGGGUGCCUACAAGUACCUUGAGGAGCUCUACAAGAAGAAGCAGAGCGAUGUCAUGCGCUUCCUGCUUCGCGUCCGGUGCUGGGAGUACCGCCAGGUGAACGUGGUGACCCGCGCCUCGCGCCCCUCGCGCCCUGACAAGGCUCGCCGCCUUGGUUACAAGGCCAAGCAGGGCUACGUCAUCUACCGCGUCCGUGUCCGCCGCGGUAACCGCAAGAAGCACGUCUCCAAGGGUGCGACGUACGGUAAGCCCGUUCGCCAGGGUGUGAACCACCUCAAGCCCUCGCGCUCUCUGCGCGUCCUCGCUGAGGAGCGUGUUGGCCGCAAGGCGUCCAACCUGCGCGUGCUCAACUCGUACUGGAUUAACCAGGACGGUGUGUACAAGUACUUUGAGGUCAUCUGUGUCGACCCUCAGCACAAGGCUAUCCGCCGCGACCCCCGCAUCAACUGGAUCGCCGAUGCCGUUCACAAGCACCGCGAGAACCGCAGCCUUACCGGUGCCGGCAAGAAGGCCCGGGGUAUUGGCAAGGGUCACCGCUUCAACAACACCAGCGGUGGUGGUCGCCUCGCCGCCUACCGCAAGCGCCAGACCCUCCAGCUCAGGCGCUACCGUUAA